UUUACAGUAGAUCGCUUAUUUGUGUAGUUCAGGUUAUUUCACAUUAAACACCGAUUCGUAUGACAGAAUAUGGGAUGUUAGUGUGAUAAAGGAGUUUUUACAUCAGAUACAUCAUGAAUAUUGAUCAUCAUUUGAAGACGAAUAGAAGAUAUUAUAAAUAAUAGAUAUAACCCUGAUUCUGUAACAUAUCUAUGGUAAAUAACUUAAAUAUUUCUUCCAUAUUAAUAGCAACAUUUAUUUUCCUCGUUGCCAGGAAUAUACACUUGGAAAAAUCUGCAAAGGUGUUUGUAUUACCUUCAGAUAUUCGCGAAGAUCAGAGUUGCUGUGAUUAUAGCUGUAGAAGUAUUUGAAUCAGCAAAUAAAUAUAUAAAGAAGAAAGAAAAAAAUACAUUUUGUGCUUGUAUACUGGAGAACAAUUAUGAAUCCUCAAGAGAUGAUAAGAGAAAAAGAAGCAUUAUCAUACGAAUGUGAUAUCUGUAAAAAAAUAUGGGAUGAUAGUGUGAUAAAGGAGUUUUUACAUCAGAUACAUCAUGAAUAUUGAUCAUCAUUUGAAGACUAAUAGAAGAUAUUAUAAAUAAUAGAUAUGACCCUGUUUCGAUAACAUAUCUAUGGUAAAUAACUGAAAUAUUUCUUCUGAAUUAAUAGCAACAUUUAUUUCCCUCAUUGCCAGGAAUAUAUACUUGGAAAAAUCUGCAAAGGUGUUUAUAUUACCUUCAGAUAUUCACAAAGAUCAGAUUUGCUGUGAUUAUAGCUGUAGAACUUUUGGAAUGAACAGAAAAAUAUAUGAAGAAGAAAGAAAAAAAUACAUUCUUUGCUUGUAUACUGGAGAACAAUAAUGAAUCCUCAAGAGAUGAUAAGAGAAAAAGAAGCAUUUUCAUAUGAAUGUGAUAUCUGUAAAAAGUCUUUAUCUAGUAAGGGAAAUCUCACUGUUCACAAACGUAUUCAUGCUGGUGGAAAGCAAUACCACUGUGAUAUCUGUGGAAAGUCUUUCUUGCGGAAAAGUAAUCUUACUUCUCACAAAUACACGCAUACAGGAGAGAGAGCAUAUCACUGUGAUAUCUGUGGUAAAUCAUUCUCUCAAAAGAGUGGCCUUACUUCUCAUAAAUCCAUUCAUACAGGACAGAAACCAUAUCAGUGUGAUAUUUGUGGUAAAUCAUUUUCUCAUAAGAAUACCCUUACAUAUCACAAAUCCAUUCAUACAGGAGAUAAACCAUAUCACUGCAAUAUUUGUGAUAAAUCCUUUGUAAUCAAAAGUUAUUUAACUGCCCAUGAAAUUAAUCAUAUUAAUGAGAGGCCAUAUCAGUGUGGUAUAUGUGGUAAAUCAUUCUCUCAGAGGAGUGGUCUUACUUAUCACAAAGCCAUUCAUACGGGUAAGAAACCAUAUCAGUGUGAUAUUUGUGAUAAAUCCUUUGUAAUCAAAAGUAAUUUAACUGCUCAUGAAUUUACUCAUAGCAAUGAGAGGCCAUAUCAGUGUGAUAUAUGUGGUAAAUCAUUUUCUCAAAAAGGUAACCUUACCUCUCACAAAUACAUUCAUACAGGAGAUAAACCAUAUCACUGUAAUAUCUGUAGUAAAUCCUUUGUACUAAGAAGUUAUUUAACUGCCCAUGAACUUACUCAUACCAAUGAGAGGCCACAUCAGUGUGAUAUUUGUGGUAAAUCAUUCUCUUAUAAGAGUAGCCUUACUUAUCACAAAUCCAUUCAUACAGGAGAUAAACCAUAUCACUGCAAUAUCUGUAGUAAAUCCUUUGUAAUCAAAAGUAAUUUAACUGCCCAUAAACUUACUCAUACUAAUGAGAAACCAUAUCACUGUGAUGUUUGUGGUAAAUCAUUCUCUCAAAAAUGUAACCUUACCUCUCACAAAUACAUUCAUACAGGAGAGAGAGCAUAUCACUGUGAUAUAUGUGGUAAAUCAUUCUCUCAAAAGAGUAACCUUACCUCUCACAAAUACACACAUACAGGAGAGAAACCAUAUGACUGUGAUAUUUGUGGUAAAUCAUUCUCUCAUUUGAGUUCUUUAAACUCUCAUAAAUUCAUUCAUACAGGAGAGAAACCAUAUCCAUGUAAUAUCUGUGGUAUGGCAUUCUCUCGUAAAAGAAAUUUAUCUCAGCAUGAAGGCACUCAUACAGGAGAGAAGCUAUAUCCCUGUGAUAUUUGUGGUAAAUCAUUUUUUUCUCAAGGCAGUUUAACCUCUCAUAGAUACAUUCACACAGCAGAGAAACCAUAUUCUUGUGAUAUCUGUGGAAAAUCGUUCCUUCAGAAAAGUGACUUAAAUAGACACAAAUAUAUUCAUACAGGUGAGAAACCAUAUUCUUGUGAUAUCUGUGGAAAAUCAUUCUCUCAAAAAAGUGACUUAAAUAGGCACAAAUACAUUCACACAGGAGAGAAACCAUAUCACUGUGAUAUCUGUGGUAAAUCAUUCUGUGUAGGAAAAUAUUUAACUGAUCACAAACGCAUCCAUACAUGAGAAGAACUAUAUUGCUGUGAUAUCUGUGGUAAAUCAUUCUCUCAUAAAAGUAACUUUAAGAGACACAAAUAUAUUCACACAAGAGAGAAACCAUAGCACUGUGAUAUCUGCAGUAAAUCAUUCAGUGUAAGAAAAUAUUUAACUAAUCAUAAGUCCACUCAGAAUGGAGACAAACUGUAUCACUGUGAUAUCUGUGGCAAAUUAUUCUCUCAGGAAUGUACUAUAUAUACUCUUAAACAUUUUUUUAUAGGAGGGAAAACAUAUCACUGUGAUAUCACAAUGUCUGGUUUCAAAUUUUACUGUGUAUGCAUCCCAUGAAAUGUAUAAUUCUGUUGAUAAAAUUUAUAUUAUUUUACCAUUUCUCUCAUAUCAAUGUGUUGAUGGUAAAGAUGAAUAAUUAUUUCAAAUUGCAGUGUAAUCGUCACCUUAAUGUAAAUCUAAAUCAGAUUAUAUAAUUACUGAAACAGCAUCAUCAUCAUUAAGGUUUUUAUUUUUAUUGCCCGUUUUGUAACUUAGCGAGGACCAGACAUAUUUGUCUAAAAGGAUUGCCCAACAUUUACUGAAUCUUUUGUCUGUGUGCCCCAGAUUCCUGAACCCUGUUCUCAUCACCUGCUUCUAAGUAAAAUGCAUUUGACAGCGUCUAUUUUCUGUACAUUUCUUGUGUUUAUUGCACAUGUACAUCUACCACACACAAAGACUGUUUUCCAUGUUGACAUUCCGCUAACAUCGCAGCACCUUGUAUGUGUUCAUAGCUUGCAUAAUUUGUUUGGUGAACAGCCACUGCAAUAUGGAAACAGUUGUUUAUGAGGCAGAAGUAACAGCAACAGCAACAGGAAGAAAUGGACAGUCAAGUGUGCUGAAAUAUGUGGGGGUAAUGGCCGACCCCUCCAGAAUCUACUUUAAUAAACACGUCCUUAUUCAACAUCUCAGAGAGAUGUAAUGCCACAACUCUAAGCAAGCAUGUCUGGGCUUUGAAAGAAGGUGCCACAGAGUACAGCAUAAAGUGGAAGAUUAUAGAAAGAUGCAAGGUAUACUUUAAUAGCAGCAGCUAUUACUGUAAUAAAAGAAAUAAAAAAGUUUCGAUACUAAAA